AUGAAGAAGCAGAAGAUGCCUGCUCGGAGACUCAUACUCCAAUCUUCAAGCGAUUCAGACUCAGAGUAUGUUCCUCCUACACACAAAUCUGCUCCUCCUUCAGAAUCUGAAAGUGAAAGCUUUGAUGAGGAGGCUUCGGGUCGUGACACUACCACUACCACCACUACUACAGGGGCUCAUUCUACAGCACCCACACCAUGUGUUACAACUGAACCACCAAUAACAACCGAGCCUCCUGCCACUACAAAACCCUUAUCACCUACCCCAUCCACUGACACCACCCCAGUUCUUGGCGGUGAGGACUUGGAAUUUGAUUCCACUUAUUUCAGUCCUUACCGUGUACAAAGUGAUGAAGACGAAGAUGCACCUGUCACUAAACGUCAUCUAAAAGCAGUCAAUGACAAACUGGAUCAACUGCUUUCAUCCUCUUCCUCUAGUGCCUAUUCAGAUGCUGCUCUCAAAGCAUUAUUCUCCUCUGUUGUCCAAGAACAUAAUGCCUCCCUCACUGCUGCAGCUAAGGCUAUUGACGCCUCAACUUCCCAAAGCCAGAAGGCCUCCUUUGCUGUUGAGGCUUCCACGAAGGAAUGCAAAGAUACGACCGCAAAAGUCGAUAAACUAAUUUAUGAAGCUCAUUUAUUUUUAGACUCUUUGCAGGCGGCUGCUCAGAAGAACUCUCAGACCAUGAACGCUUCGGUUGAUAAUCUUCAGCGUUCUCUUCAAGCUAAGAGAUCCAAUUUUGAAGCUGCUUGUCAAGCAAUCGAAGCAGCCAAUGCCACUCUGCAUGAUGAUGUCAAUGACCGAUUGACUCAACUGGAGGCAGAGUUGGCUGUGGAAAAUCGCAUUAUAGAUGAGCUGGACAAAUGA